CAGCCUAACAGAUGCCGGCUUUAAAUUUCUAAUCAUAUUGCACAAGUUAAAAAAGCCAACAUCGAGACCUAUGAAAUUUAUAUUCUUCCUAUUCAAAUGGAUUUAAUCAAAUAGACUUUAAAAGUAAAAUCCAAAUAGUUUACAUUUGAUAAUCCCACCAUUUAAAGGUGGGAUACUCGGCUGGUGGAUUUAUUACAAUUACUUAUUGGCAGAAGUAACGAGGCUUUUGUGGGGAAUUAUGGGACUUUUACUAAAUGUACCAAGACCAUUCGAUUUGUCAACACUGGGAUCUGGGUUUCACAGGGCAUUGGCAACCAUGUACCUGUUAAAGAUCUCCUUGCUUUUUUAACGGUGAUAAAAUAUGAUAGAGUAAGCCCAUUGAUUUGUGUGUUGAUGAGUGACAAUUUCAAUUUUGACAUUUUCCUGUAAACUAUGGACUUAGUUGAAAUGGAAGCAGUCAUUACUGUUGUUUUUAAAACUUUGGAGGAUUUUCUGGCCACAGAUGAUUUGUUUGUAGACUACUUCAAUGCUUACCUGUCACUACCUACUUUCCCUGCCCCACUGUGCUUCAACAAGGACACUGGAGGGUUUGAAGUGGUCACUGAUGCCAAGAAAGAGCUAGCCAAACAGAUCAAAGCUGCCAUCCGGUCACAGCGAAGGACCCCUAAAAUUUACGAUGUCGUCAAACAACACAGCUUCUCCAACAUCCCCCUCAUCCCCAUUGAGGAACCGGAUGAACCGGAAAACCUGGAGAUCAACACCAGUUUCACUGUCACUACUCUCAAUAAAGAACAGGGAAUACACUGGAUUAAGGAGGAGAGACUACCAGCUUUCUUGGAGAGUGAGUACUACAUGGAGUACAGACUCGGCAAGCUUAUCUCACAGACCCGAAUUCAGGGUGACAAGGGCCAGUUUGUGCUCAUGUCUGUGGACUACAAGCCAAAGACUAAGAUCAAGAGGAAGAAGUCAGUGGAAGAGGUCCCUCAGAUUGACCCCAAGGAGCAGAUGAUGAAGGAUAUGUUUGUGUGCCUGGGAGAGACAUCGACUACAGAAGCAGACGCCUGGUUCACCAGUGCUCAGAUCACCCAGAACUCGGAUACCACCUACUCCAAUCUCGCUCGACCGAAGAGUGCUGAGAUUGUGAGGCGACCCAACAGUGCCAGACCCGUCAGUGCCUACAGUGCUUUGGAGGGGUACCACCGAUCAGAGAGUGGGAUAGGGACAUCUGUCAAAAGUUCUGUAUAUAGUGGUCAUCAUUCCAAAGCUUCUAUUGAAAAUUUGGAUGAUGUGUAUUCAAGCAAGCUGUUUGCUGUGGAUGGAAAACCCAUGAUUCAUAAACCUUCAGAAUCGGUGUUUAGUGUAACGGAGGAUUAUUCUAACAAAAAAUCAAAACCUUUUAGUUCUACUGUUUAUACAACCCCUAAAAUUGAUCCCAUAGAAGUUGACGAUGAAUCAGGUUUCGAAGCAACGGACACAGAUUCCAAUUCUUCCAAAGAAAGGCAGGAUGAUUUCCUGGAUGAAGAACCAAGUGUACCUCAAGAGGAAGCACCAUCUUCCUCCAUGCCAGAAGACAGCCAACAAAGCAUAGUGUUCAAAAACAUUGAUGACGUGGGAGCAGCUGUCGUAAGGGCUGUUCUGACCAAAUCCAUUGCUCAACUCAGCAACAGGAACGAGAAGGAAGUGAUGAGAGACCCAGAGGUUGUCCGAAGGCUUCCAGAAACACAGCACACAGAUCUGACAGUAGACAUGUUGGACAGAAUUACCCUUGACGAGAGACAGGAAGAAGAACAGCCAGAGGUAGUAGCAGAAGAAGACGAGGAGGAAGAGGAAGAUAUAGAGAAGGAGAAGGAGGAAGAAGAGAGUGAUAAUGAUUCCCUGCUGGAUAGUGAAGAGGAUUAUGAGGAGGGUGAUACCUUCUUCAGGAAGCACAAGAACAGGACCUACUCUUUGAACAACAGGAAGGGAAUCGAGCAGUUCAAAGGGUUCUUAGAGGGCACUGCCGGGGAGAAGAACUGGAGGCUGUGGAUUGAUAUUGACAGGCUGGUGUGGAUGAACAAACAGGAGAAAAUAGACCCUCAUGUCAAAAACAUACAAAUGCAACAGUUCCUCUCCCAUAUACGAGAGCAGUAUCAUAAGCAAGGUGCUCCGUAUGAACUAUCCUUUGAACAGAAACAAGAACUAGGACUCAUUGAACCAUCCUCAUGGAAUCUGGAGAAACUCAGUGAUAUACAGAACAAGAUAGCUGAACCUCUGGUUCUAUACUGGGCCCCAAGAUUUUUGUUGAAACAAGCCCAGUACAAGAAACCAGAAGAGAACUACCUCUACCAGAAUCUGAAGCAGGUGAAGGCUCAGGAUAACAGCGUCAACCCCAGCCCCCACACCGCCACCCUACUGCCCCUCCGCCCCAAGUCAUGUAUGCCCCGGAUACAUCACUCAGUCAGCUUACAGCCCCCUGCAGUCAGACCCCCGAUUUUAGCCGAGACUUCCCCGCCUGUGGGGAUGAAGAGGGUGUACGCUCCCUCUGCCCUGCGCCCUCACUCCUCAAACUACAAGACAAGACAGGAGGAGAGAAGAAAGAGAAUGUUGUCCUCUCAGUUCUCGGUGGACAAGUCAGCCAAACCUCGCAUCAAAAGUGCUCCUAGUCGAACAUCCUCUGGAGGCUCGGUGCGUCCAUCCUCAGCAAGACCCUCUUCCUCAGUGAGACCUGCUUCCUCAGCAAGACCCUCCUCCUCGGCCAAGACGCCCCUGGGGUCGGAGAUACCUGAGUCAGAAGUGAGAUCCCGACCCUCCUCAGCAGGCUCAGAUCGGGACUCGAUGGCAAGCUCAAUCAGUUCUACAUUCCCGGGAGGAAGUAGGAUGGAUGCACUGCUAAAGGCUCUGUAUCACGAGAGACAAGCAGGAGGGUUCUUCCAAAAGUACAUAGACAGGAGUGGAAACAAGAUGUGGGUCAACUGCCUGAAUUUCUGGACAGAUGUUCAGGAAUACCACCUUCUCUUCUAUGCAGAAGUCAUAGAUCCUUACAUUGUCCAAAAGAAAGCCAAGGUGAUUUACUCUCGAUACAUUGUGGUGGGCGGCGACCGUAACAUUGGCUGCAGCCACGAGGUCCGCUGUAGGAUCUACCGCGCCCUCCAGCCCCCCUUUGAGGACCUGUUUGACGAGGCAGAGGAGUACUCCCUGACUGUCCUCUAUGUCGCCUGGACUCAGAUGAUCAAUGUCGACAUGAAGACUUAUGGAAAGGUUGAACUAAUAGAAGUCAAGAAGCAUUUGGAGACUAGGUCUAAAUAUGUACUGAAUCUGCAGAGGAAGGGACUUAUCAAACAGCGAGUGCUGACCCCUGACGAUCCCAUGGAGGGCUAUGAAGAUCCUGUAUACGAUGAGACACUUCUAGAGAAGAUUCCGGAGGAGUUCCGAGAUUUCACACUGGAAAAAUUGGUGCACAAUAGAAUAGAAGUAGAGAAUUUCAAAUUGUUCUUGGCAGAAAAUUACGCUAGUAUGGAUUUAUUGUGCUGGAUGGAUAUUGAACACUUCAGACGUAUGCCACAGACUGAUGAGAAGAAGAGAGAUGAGAAAGCCAAAGAAAUCAAAAACAAAUAUCUAAAUAAGAAAUAUUUCUUUGGACCUAAUAGCCCUGCAGGGAAAGAGGGACAAGAUAAAGUGAUGGCAGCAGGUGGUGGCUAUGGGAAGCUUCUAGAAGACCGCCCACCCAACCCCGUCAUCCUGGAGGCCCAGAAAUAUGUCAGGGACCGGCUGGAGAAGAAGUGGUUACCACUUUUCUUGGCAACACCAGAGUUUGCCGAGCGACAGAAGCCCAAGGCAGGAAUGGAUGAUGUGGUGGAUGAUGUUCUGGUUCAGAAAAAGAAGAAAUCGCAGUCUGUGAUGAGGUUGUUGGACACUAAGUGGCAGUCAUCUGCGAAGGAUGUGAUAAUAUUCAGAAAAUGUCUGCUCAAUCCAGUGACGGCCCUACAGUUCCGUCGCUAUGUUUCCGUCAAAGAUAUUUCCAACAAGGAAGACAAGCUGGAGAAUGAUGUACUGUUCUGGCUGGAGGUCCAGCGCUUCAAGGAUCUCUACCAUGUUCACUGUGAUGACUCAGUGAUCUUGGCCAAGGUCAAUUCCAUCAUCGGUUGUUUCAUCGAGUCCACCAUCCCUCCCAGUCUUCAGAUUGACAUCCCAGCGGACCUGGCGGAAAAGAUUGCAGAGCGCAAAUAUGAGAGGAGUCCAUAUAUAUUCAGGGAAGCUCAGCUGAUUGUGUUCCGAUACCUGUACCAACACUGGAACGAUUUCAUCAACUUUAGGAGUAACAUGGCUGACGAGAAAGUCUUGCCUACGUUAGAGAGAAGGAGAAAGCAUGCAAAGAUUAAGGAGAGGCAGAAGCAGAGAGAAUUGGAGGAAAAAGCUCAAAAGAUCUCACCAAAGGCACGACUUCAGAUAAUUAUUCAUGAUCGAGACAAAAAAUGGUACACACCAUUUAGUCGUAAAUAUGAGGCAGAGAGGAGAGCAGCGGAGGGGUUACCUCCCCUUGGGGACGAGGAUGAAGAUGACCAGUUUCAUGACCCGUUUGCGAUGCACCGUGCGCCCAGUCAGGAGGAUGAGGAUGAGGGGGGCCACGGGGGAGACACCAAAGACAAAAUCUCUUGGUCCUACUCCAGUUAUAUGGCUGCCCUACACAGGGAGGACAUCCUUAAUAACACAGACGAGAGCACAUUCAGUUCCCUGAUGUCUGACACAGGUUCAGUCCGUGGCAGUGAGUCAGCAGAGAAAGAAUCAAAUGCAGUGACGGUUCAGUCAACAUCCACUGUCACCAAAAAAGAGACAAAGACCGAACAAACUCAGACCGACAAAAAAAAACAAGGAAAAGUUGGUUUUGCAGAGGAACCUCAGAAACCAGAAACUCCAAUCAAAGGUGCUCUUAAGAAGAAGGGAAAAGAAAGUCCAACUGGACAGAAAGGAUCUGUGGGAUUUUCCAAAAUGACCCCAUUAGAUGAAGAGGCAGAGGAAGAAACCAGUAAAUCAGUGUCCAAAAAGGUCAAGGUUAAGACAGGAACAGUGUCUGUGAAACAAUGAAGAAUUAAAAGGUCAAAGGUCAAUAUAGUUCAUGGCCUUGUAAUUAAAACUACAACAACAUAGAAGAGGACUGUUCUAAAUUGAGAUUCGAUUAUACACUGUAUUACAGAUUCUAUUUGUAUUAGUCUUCUGUACGUGGAACAAAACUACAUGUAUCUAUCCAGUGACACUACAUGCUUUUCCAUGUCUUACUUACAACCUCCUACAUGGGACAACUAUAUAUGAAUAAGAGAGUAAUAUACAAGAUAAGUUUUAGUGCUGUUUCAUAAAAUUGGAUGGAUUUUGAUGCAUUUCGAAGCAAUAAGGUCAAAUAAAGUUGAUGCAAAUGUAUACAUGUAUGUUACUUUAUAAACCUCUAUCAGGUUUUAUUUGUGCUGAAAAUCACUGAACAUGUCAAAACUGUAAUUUUAUUUGUUAGCUGUUAAUUUUAAUUACAUGUAUAUACCCUGUAUUUUGCUUUACAGGUAAAACUUGUUAUAAAUAUGAACUGUCCAUGAAUUAUUUGCAUAUGCUCAAAAUGUCUUAUCACUUUUAGAGCAUACUAUUCUAUUAUGUGAUAUGCUUUAUCCAAGCUAUAUCUGUGAUAUCAAAUAUAUAUUUUUUUAUUUAAAUAGUUUGAUUUCAUUAUUAAUGAGUUAUUGAAUGUUUUUAGUUUUGUACUCGUUCAGAUAUUUCUGAUCAAAUAAAUGUAGAUAAAACUUGAUC